CACCAGCCUCCCACUUUCCUGACAACACCCCACCUACACCCCUCGGUCACACGACCUUAUCAUUCCUCGUGCCUGCUCCUCUCUCCUCUCCUCACCCUGAGUGGAAAUGCAGCCAUGGGUGUCCCCAACGCCGAUACAGAACCCCUCCCUUCGCCUCACGGGGACGAGGGCGCCGCAUUCCCUCCCCCGGAUACCACCAACCCCACCGACCCUCUAAUCGACGCAGACGAGAACAGCGACAUGUUCGACGCACCUCAAGACCCACCGCCCCAUCUCAUCGCCCGCUUCUACCGCAACCGCCCCAGCGCGCGUCGGAAGUCCUCAGCAACCUCGUCCCGCCGCAACUCCCUCUCCUCCGUCCACUCUCGCAGCUCUUCUGUCCAAUCUCGCCGACAUGGCAGUCUCUCAGGCUGCCAGAGCAACUACAUCGCCCAACAUCUGCGUCGCGCCUCCAUUAUUGAAUCCAGGCGUGCGCGUCUUGCUGACCGCGCUGCCCAUGCUGAACAAGUGCGCUUGCGCGCGGCGCUCGCCAAAGCCGCUCCACGAGGCAGUAUCACCAAUAGCGAGGAGAGGGCGCUCGCCGCUCAGCUUGCCAAGGAAAAAUACCUCGCUAAAGUCGCGGCGGCAUGUGCGGAGGAAGUUGCUCGCGCAAAGCGCAUUGCCGAGGAGGUGAAGGAGAGAAAGCUGGCGGAGGAGGUGCGCGCGCGACUAGAGAUGGAGGAGAGACACGCGGAGGUGGAAAGGAGGCGCGCCGAGUACCAGCGGAAUCUUCAGGCGAGACGUGCGCGGCGCGCGGACAGUGCGGAGAAGAAGCUGGGAACGGUGGAGGAGGUUGCGGAUGUUGAUGAAGAGGCUGUGGACGAUCGGACGGGCUUGAAGGGAUCAUUGAAGGCUAAGCAGCUGAGUGAGGUGGAGGCUGCAAGGCGAAUCCGACGUGCAUGGACGUUGUACAGGAGGCAGAAGACUGUGGCGGCGUACACGCAGCUCAAUCUGCUGCAUCGAUCUUCCCACGACACCUUUGAGGACAUGACAAAGUUGGUUGCCGACGAGAGUACCAUCUCGGCCACCACCGGCGUUCUCAUGCUGUUGGGUCUACAGGACAACGACGACACUGCUGCGCUCAACACUCGGACGUUCUUGAGCGCCUUCAUGAUCACAGGCCAUCCUGUCGCUGUCAUGAACACCACAAAGGGCGCCCAAGAGCAAGAUCUCAUCCAGAAGGCAACGGAUCUGAUCACCAAUUACGAAGCAUGCGUCUCGCGCUUGGCGCGCUGGAACCAUUUCACCCCCAACGCAACCCAACUCGAGCAGCUCUCGCAAGCCUACUCUGCAUAUACCUCCACCUUCGCCGCUUGGAGACUACAAGACUCCUCCGUGCUCAUUGAGGGCAUGGUGGACUCAUUCGUGGAACUCGAUGCCAUUUGGCAAACGGUAAAAGACGACAGCCGGGGCGAAGUCGCCAGCGAUUAUCGAGAAGGCAUUCGCGACAACCAAGUGAUGCUGCUCUCUCGGAUCCGGAAAUUGGCGGGUCCUGACCGCGCAGACUUUUUGAUCAAGAAGGCUAUUCGUGAGAGCAGAAGGAAGCGGCCGAAGAAACGUCCUGCUGCGGAGGUUCGACCGCGGGUGCUGGAGUCUGUGCAGCCUGAAAGCUCUGUCGCUGCUCAGCCGUCUCUAGACUCCGAUGAUGAAUCGGCGGUGGACGAAGUCUCUCCGGCAGCGCUGGUUCCUGCAUACCCGCCCAGCAACGAGGAGCUGGCGGAUUUGUUCACUGCCAUGCCAAGCAACCGGGUCCUGACCCACGAAUUGGCCAUCGAUAAGGAGUAUCGCCUAGAAGACUCGCAGUCUGACUUACGGGAUCAGCUGUAUCGAUCGAUUUGCGAGAACAUGAAGCGAGCGUUUGAAGCAGGCGACGGCGUGUUAUGGACCGUCUCCGCCGCCGAGAAUAUCCGGGAGAAGCUCCUGAGGAUGCUCACGCCCGGGAACUCGAUGCAUACGCUGAUUUCCGACACUCUGGACCUGGAGUCGAUCCGUCGACAAUGCCGGCAGGGCGUCUUUUCGUACACUGGAUUCUUCGAAUUCAUGGGCAGUGUGCUGCCGAAGCUAUGCGCGCCGUAUCGAGAUGCCGAGAUGAAGGCUCUGACUGACGAGCUGAAUGCCGGGGAGAAUGGAUUGGACGAGAUGACGGGCAAGCUGUUCAAGAUCCUGCGUAUGGUGGACAAGUUGUCGCUCGACUACACCAAUUUCAUGAUCAUGAACGCUUCCGCCACGCUCAUCCGCGAGGCGCCGGGUUAUGAGCAGCGCAUGUUUGCCAAGGACCUGGAAGCCGGCGUGAUCACUUUGGCGAAGACGGAACAGCUUUGGCGCACAGCAUACGCACAGCUCGCCUUGCAAGCCGAUCGCAGAGAUCCAGAAGGCGUGCGGAAUGCUUCUGACCGGCCCUCGGCGCAGAAAGUGUAUGCCCACGUGCUGCUUACAUUGGCCACCGAGCACGGCGAGCUACAGCCAGAUCUUGUGCCCGAGACGCUGAUGCUUGACCUUCGCCGGCUGCAGAAUAUGCGGCAGCAAGCCCUCCGCAUCACAGUCAUCGGCGCCAUCCUACUAACAGCCAAGAACCUCCUCAAACGCGACUCGCGCAGUCUCUGGAAAAACGAGGCAAGCCGCCUAUGGCACCUCCUCUCCAACGAGCCCUACGCCCUUCCCUCCAACGCCGACAACACCACCACCACCCCCGCGCAAAAAGCCUUCAGCAUCCUCGAAACAGCCCACAACAUGCCCCCCGCAACCAAACACCAACUCUCCGGCACAAUCGCCCGCUUCUUCGCUCAAGCCGCCGGUGCCCGCCUCACGGACCCCGUCCUCAAAGUCCUGUCUCAGCGUUUGAGGACGCACGUGGCCACCCGCCUGUCGGCUUCGACGUCUAGUGAGCGCGUGCGGGCUGCGUCAUCCGCAUCGGAGGCGCUGGCGAGUUGUGGGAUGCCCGAAUUUACGGCGCAGGUGGGGGGGAUUGUGGAGGUUUUGGGCAGGGUUGGGGAGGUGGAUUGGAGGGGACAUGGAGGGUGGUAUGAGGGAGUUUAUGAGAAGGUCAUUGAGGAGAGGGUUUGAUCGCAUUCUUUUGAGAGGUGUGGAUUACAUUCUGAUGUUUUUGGGACGGAGGUUGGGGUGUGCAUUGCUAAGAGAGGGCUUGUCCCCAUUUCGUACUAAUGUAUUUGUUAUCCAUCUUUUGUUUGGCACUGCUACAAGUCGUUUCCGCACAUUGCAUUCUCCAAACCAUGAUUCACAG